ACUAAGAGCGAUAGUGUGACGGGAUUAAUUGGAGCUCAAUCGAUUAGCUCUUCAAUUGACUCUCAACCAAGCACGACUCAGGAAGUCCUCUCUGGCCUACUCCUCUCCCUGCCGUGGAUCAUUCUUUCCUGGUACCACCAACAACAUGCGCUUUGGCAGACGACGUUUUCGACAAGCGAUGAGACCGCUGCAUCUAGCUUAGGAAGCGAACUCUUAGAGCAGGCUGCCAGCAAAACCUCCAUGCUGACCGCCGUCACAAUGAUUGUAUAUGGGUGUGGGCAAUUAUUUCGAUCGAUUCAACGAGGAGGGAGUGACUCGGAGGUUACACUGCCUCGAAUGAGCUCCAGUGCGGCAAGCGCUGCUUUGCUCCGGGUGUCUUCUGUCGCAUUGCCGAUAUAUGCGACAUUGAAGGUGGGAGGGUUCCUUGUCGCAUGCGGCUUGUUACUUCCUGUAGCGUCAGGUUUGCCGACCGUCGUUCAAGGCUAUGGCCUUCAUAGCAGUGCACAGUCCCGGCUCAGCCAAAAGAAAGUAACGGCCAUGCUUCUCGUCACCAUCAUUGCUCUGAGCCUUUGGGGUAUGAAUGCGACGCGAGACCCCCACCCAUACCUGGGCUAUGUCUCUCUGCUCACGUCGGUCUUCGUUCUUCGGCUCCCCUUUUCUGGGACUCCGUCCGUUUCUGCUGAUCUUGAUUACUUGACGUCCAAUGGCGCAGUAUCCCAGAAACAAUCUACAAAGCAGGACUCGGGCAAACUUUCGUCUAGUGAUUCAAUCCUGGCUGUCCUUUCAGGCAUUAUCCUGGCACUUGUUACUGUUGUUGUUUCUGGCAAUGUGUCCCUAAAGGCUUCCAACAUGAUGUACCAACUCGCAGCUGCUGGAGCACUUGCAAUAAGUCUCAUAUUCGUUUCCCCUUCCCAUCUACGCUCACCACAAAAGAUUGGUCUUAUGAUCGGUGUCGGAGCUGCCGCGCUCUUAAGCUCGCCGCCGCUGCAAGAAAAAGUCCACCUAGCUUAUGUACCUCGCGCCAUUGCAACUGCCGCCUCGUUCCUUGCUGCCAGAUUCGAUGACAGACAGUUGCGCCUUUCGCAACACUCUCAUACCCAUAAUCACCAUCAUCAUGCUCACUCUGGAGCUGAUGCUACGAAGAUAACGAGGCUCAUCAUCCAGUACAGCGAGCCUUAUCCCCUUUUGUACAGUAUUCUCAAGGAAAGCGAUUCACGACGUAUCUUCUACUUCAUGAGUCUUAAUUUUGCCUUUAUGCUUGUUCAGCUGUCCUAUGGAUUUAUGACUGGAUCCCUGGGUCUUCUUAGUGACAGUAUUCAUAUGUUCUUCGACUGCUUAGCGCUCGUGGUUGGUCUUUGUGCUGCUGUCAUGAGUAAAUGGCCCCCGAGCUCUAGGUUCCCCUACGGAUAUGGCAAAGUCGACACGCUUUCUGGGUUUGCCAACGGCAUCUUCCUUAUGAUCAUCAGCAUUGAAAUCAUCUAUGAAGCUGUCGAGCGACUUUCAUCCGGCAGUCAGAUGCAUCGUCUCGGCGAACUACUGGCGGUAAGUGUUGCGGGUCUUCUAGUCAACCUUGUCGGAAUCAUGGCAUUCGAUCAUGGACACGCGCACGGCCACGAUCACAGUCACGGGCACUCGCACGGAAACGAGAACAUGCACGGCAUUUUCCUACACAUUCUCGCCGACACUCUUGGCUCCGUGGCCGUUGUGAUCUCGACCAUCCUCGUGCACUACUCUGGCUGGCCAGGGUUCGAUCCAAUCGCCUCUUGUCUCAUUGCAAUCUUGAUUUUUGCCUCGGCAAUCCCGCUUGUCAGCAGCACUGCGAAGACCCUGCUGCUCACCCUGCCAGCUGACAUUGAAUACAAUGUCCGCGAAACCCUUGCUGGCGUUAGUACUUUACGGGGCGUUGUCGGGUACACCGUCCCAAAGUUCUGGCUGGACGAUACGGGGAAGGAAUCCGGCCACCACCACCAUCAUCAUCACGACGACCAUGCUCAUGCUCAUGCUCAUGCCCAUGCUCAUGAUCAUGGAUGCAACCACAGUCAUAGCCAUAGCCACGAUCACGAUCACGAUCAUGCUCACGACCACGGCCAUACUCACAGUCAUGACCACAAUUCCCACAGCCACGAUGAUCACGAUCACGAUCACGAUCACCAUGACACGCAUACCCCCAACGUCCUCGGCGUAAUCCACGUCAUCGCCUCUCGCAGCUCCGACCUCGAAGAUGUCCGCCAACGCACCGUGGACUACCUCCGCGAGAAGGGCAUGGACAUUCUCGUUCAGGUCGAACGCGAAGGAGACGGCCGUUGUUGGUGCGGUGGCGGCGGGAAUAAGCAUUCUUGA